GAGCCCAUGCGGUAGGCAAUCAGCCGCUCCACAGACCCCGGUCGUCCCCUCCUCCAGCAUAACACCCCCAAAUCCUCUUGGUCACUCAACAUUGCCGCGCCCAAAACCUCCAAAUCACGCAGGCUGCGCCGCCCAAAACCCCCAAAUCACACAGGCACCACGCAAAACCCGAUCAUCGGCGGCGGCGUCAUGCUCCGCCGCCUCCCUCGAGGGCUGGCUUCCGCGACGGGAGUCCAGCCGCAGCGAUUCUACUCGUUCUCGAUGCUGGAGGGCACGGCCUCGUGCCCCAUCUGCGAUGGGGGCUCGCUGGUUCAAGGUUCGUGCUGCACGAGGUGCGGGAGUUGUUUCCCCUACGCCCGCCACCACACCUCGAUGCUCUAUUCCUCUCCGUCUCCAGCAUCUCUCCGACCCGCCUUCGAGACGCCCACACUUCUGCAGCAGCUUCCCCAGCUUAAUCCGUCCCAAAUACCCAGGGCGGAUCCAGCUCCUAGAUGGGCACAACCAGCUGAAGUGUGAGGCUCCACUGACAUACUUCACAAGAAUUCCAAUUCUUGUCAAAGCCAGUGAUCCAAAUGAUGGUCUGCAUAUGAUCCUAACUCCAAAACCCCAGAGACCAUGGCUUCUAAGCGAGAGUGGAAAGUUCUCAUUUCACUCGCUGAUAGAGCUCGUCGCCAGUACCCAUCAGGAGGGCUGGACAGUAGGAGCUGGUCAGCUGUCGCUGGAAAAUCUGGUUGUUGUGUCGGAAGUGGGGAUUUUCAAGUUCAAGCAUCCAGUUGCUAGAUAUGCCCUCAACGAUGAUAACCGCGCCGAAGACUUCCAUGCUUUAGCAAAGGUAAUGGCUUCCUUGCUGGCCAGCUUGCAUGGAGACUCAGUGGUUAGUUGUCUCCCUAUCGACUUUAGCAUGCUCUUGGAUGAUCUGUCAGGCGUGACUGAUCCAGAACUUCAGCACAUCUCCAUUGAGAACCAUCCAUCUUUGCUGCCAUCAUCAUCAUAAAGCGUCUCGAUCAUGAAAUUCCACGGGCUCUUCGCUGCUGAUGGGAAUAUAAAAGAAUGAGAAAGGAAAUAAAUAAUUAUGCCAAUGAUCGAAAGGGAAAAUAAAAGAACAAAAAUAAAGGAAUGAAAUGUAAAAGGGAAAAAGAAACGUGAAGGGGAACCCCUACAUCCAAUUUAGUUUGAUUCUCCCGAUCAAGAAAAUGAAACGAGUAAGAAGCAAAAAGACAAGAAAAAAACAUCCUAGACUUUGCAACCUGACCGCACGUCACUCACUUGGUCACGCCUCCUCGUACCAGGUAUCGCUCCGGGCAUAAAAACCGAACCCGAAGCCCAAACCCGAGAAAACCCGAACCCGAAAUCAAAAAAACCGAAUCCCGAAGCCCGAACAACAUUUUCGGGUGACAUAUGCGAAAACCCGAAUUAAUUUUGGGUAUCAACCCACGG